UGAAGUAAAUUCGGAAAAAAGAGAUGCAGCAGCACCUCCUAAAUUUAAAUCUUAUCCAAAAGAAAAUAAAAGCUGAAAAAGGAGGAGGCAUGAAAAGCAGCUGGGCUGGGCAAUGGGUUGAUCGGUGAGAGGAAUCUUGUAAAUUCUUUCUCUGUUUAUUUUAUCUUAAUUCUUUUGUUCAUUUUCUUCUUUCGAGUUGUCCUUUGCCGCCAAGGUUGCAACCUUUCAUGGCCGUCUGAUUCUAAUUCCAAGUUGGUGGGUCCCUCUGAUUGUGACCGCACCUAUGCGAGACUCCAAGAAGAACAGGAAAACGAGACCAGAGAGUUUCCCCCCCUCUCUCUCGCAUUUCUCUUCUCAUCCACUCCUUCUGUUCCUGGCCCCCUCCAGAAUCAACUUUGAGUCCCUGCAAAGCGAUUUGGAUUCCAAAUGGGUUGUUGGUGUAUGAUUAGUUCCCGCAUUCUUGAAUUGAAGCCUUUUGACCCCUUGAAGAAUUCUGAUCUGGGUUAGUUGCAGUUAUUGCUGUUGUUGGUGUCCUCCUAUUGAUUUAUUCUUCGUCUUGUUCUUCGUCUUCAAGUGGCGGACGGUCUUUGUUCUCCUGGGUUUGGACUUCUGAAGUGAGCUAAGUUUAGCGAAUAGCGAUGUCGACUGCUAGUAUGAACCUUAUUACAACUGUAAUCGGGUUUGGGAUGAGCGCGACUUUUAUUGUGUUUGUAUGCACAAGACUAAUAUGCGGAAGGAUCCGCGCAGUUGAAUCUCGCCCAGUAUUCGAAAUGGACUCCAGGACUGAUAUUGAGCAGCCAGAACAUAGGAUCAGUGGGCUUGAACCUGUUGUGGUUGCUGCCAUCCCCACAAUGAAGUUUGACAGGAAGGCUUUCCGUUCUGUUGAAGAUGCACAGUGUUCGAUAUGUUUGGCUGAGUAUGAAGAGAAGGAGAUAUUGCGAAUUAUGCCCAACUGUGGCCACAAUUUUCAUUUAACCUGCAUAGAUAUCUGGCUACAGAAACAAUCAACAUGUCCAGUUUGCCGAUUUCCUUUAAAAGAAUCAUUUGAGUCAAAAUAUGAGGGAUCACCAACUUUCAAUGUACUCCAUGAAUCAAUUGAUGGUCCUGAGGUUGUGAGUGACAAUUCUAACGGCUGGCUGCUACCUGACCAUGGGCAUCCAUUGGGAACUGGAAGUAACCAAGGUAAUCAUGAAUCAAUGCCCAGAAACCUAGAACUUGCUCCUAUUGGAGAACUAGAAACAAGGCGAUAGCGAAAGUGAGGAGAUAAGUGGAUUGGUUUGGGAAUGGGUUAUUCCUUUGCUUCUUGGAAGCAACGUAUGCAUAUAAAGAAAAUUUUACAUACUAAUGGAAGUGUUCUGAAUCCUGAUCAUGGUCUUGAGGUGUAGAAAGUUCCAUGAAGUGAAUGUGCAGUUGAGAUAUCUUAAAACUUCAUGGGCACUCCAUUCUUUACAAUUUCUUACAAUGAACUAUUUGAGAUUUUCUGAAUACUAAAUAGUUGCAUGCAAUGUUUUAGAAGAUAUGCUUUAGGCACACAGGCGAGAUUCAGUUUGUGGCCUCAUGUGAACCAAGGUGUGCCUCAGCAGGCUUGUAGUUGUAUUUAAUGAAUUAAUCUUGCAUUUGAUGUUGUACUUAUGAUGCUUAGAGUUUAAACAAUUUGUGUUAAU